AUGGAUGGGGCGCACGGGACCUCGAGACCCAUUGCCCUGCCUGCAUUCUCGGCCUCCAAAAUUGCCAGACAUGACUUCGAUGGGUCGACCCACCUCACCGGCCUAAAACGACUGACGCCGGGCCAGCGGCGGGAGCGGACGGCACACGACCCCGCGCCCACCCACGCGUCCGAGGCCUCGACGAAAGGCCGAGGGCGGCGCGCGUGCGACCCGGAGCCGGGCAGACGGGUGCGGCAGGAGGCGACGUCGGAACGGCCCCGCGCGUACCUGGCUCUACUUCGCGCGGCCGUGGCCGCCGUCACGAAGUCCGACUGCUGCCGCUACACCUGUUUCUACUGCGAGAGCCGGUUCAAAUACAUGGGAACUCGGAGCACACACAUGGAGCGCGUGCACAAGAACCAGAUCAUCUCAUCCAAGUCGAAGUGGAGCUCAGAGCAGGCAGAACUGAGGCAUUACCCAGAUGAUGCGUCCACCGGCGAAGACUGUCACCACAAGUCAGUGCCUUCGGUGGGACAGUCUCGGACCUCGGAGUACCUCGGCAUACCUGACGGCCGGCAGAAGACGUCCAGAGCGGGAGUGGCGGGUGUCGGCGGUGGCUCGUUCGAGUCGGGUGCAGCUGCCGAGGCCUCGGAGCUGGGCACAUCCGCCGAGUCACCGCGUGAGCUGGCCCGGCCGCAUUGCGCCGAACAUGGUGCGGGGAGGGACGCACUGACGGCACACGGCACAGAGGACCACCCGGCCAGCGUGGCGACGACCAGUUCGGACACGCCUAUGGAACAGAUGGACUACAGUGACGAGGCAGAAGGGCUGAAGACGCACAUCUCGACGGCUUUCGGUGGGCUGCUGGACCGAGCCCUCAGCAGUCACCUCGAGAGGGGACUCAGCCCAGGAAAAUUGCUCUACGCGACAACGCCCGACGCGGAGACCGUAAAGCAGAAAGCGAUGGCGGCACUGCACGAACUGGCCGUGCAACGCUGCAGGUGCUGCAGAGGGUCGCAGACCGACUGGGAGACGCGGUUCCCGCUGGCGACGUCCAGCAGCGAGGGAGCUACCGGGCCGGAAGAGGGGGCCGCCUCCGGCUUGCCACUGGUGGAAACUGACCAACUCGCACCUCCGAAGUGGGAGAUCCAGCAAGUGUGCGUUAAAGAAGAAACUCCGGCAAGUCUUUGA